AUGGGGGAAGACCUCUUUUGGGCUUUUAGAGGAGGUGGGGGUGCUAGUUUUGGAGUCAUUCUUGCAUGGAAGAUAAAUUUGGUUGUUGUUCCAUCCAUUGUGACAGUUUUCACGAUCAGCAGGACCUUGGAACAAAAUGCAACCAAUCUUGUCCAUAGGUGGCAAUACAUUGUGGACAAAUUUGAUGAUGACUUCUUCAUGAGAGUCUUCAUAAGAAUUAUGAAGUCUAGUACUCAAGAUGGUGGAAAAACGACACGAGCUUCGUUGGUGUCCUUGUACCUUGAUAGAGUUGAUACACUCUUUCCAUUGAUGCAAAGUAGCUUUCCUAAAUUGGGUAUGUCGAAAGAAGAUUGUAUUGAAAUGAGCUGGAUCGAAUCGACCCUUUACUUUGCAGGCUACUCUAGUCAAGACUCCAUUGAUGUUUUGUUGGAUAGGAGUCAGCUUAGCGGGAUCCUAUUUCAAAGGGAAGUCGUGAAGGAGCCGAUUUCAGAGAAUGGACUAGAAGACAUAUGGGAGAGGUUUUAUGAAGAAAAGGAGAAUAUGGAUGAGAUGGCGUUGAGUCCUUAUGGUGGAAGGAUGAGUGAGAUUUCGGAAUCCGAAACACCUGUCCCUCAUAGAGUUGGGAAUAUAUACAACAUUCAUUAUGUAGUGGUUUGGUUAGAAAAAAGGACAGAAGCAUCUGAAAGGCAUAUGAGUUGGAUCAGAAGGCUUUACAGUUACACGACUCCAUUUGUUACCAAGUUUCCAAGAAGUGCAUUUCUCAACUUUAGAGAUUUUGACAUAGGUGUGGACAGGGGCGGAGCCAAUUAA